CCCAAAGUACAAUCAAACCCCAGAAACCCCGAACGGCAGCAGAGUUUGAGAGUUUAGCAAGCAAAAUCCAGACAAAGGAACAAUGAAAAAGAAUAUCUCUCUGAUUCUGAUGGGUGUUGGAGGCGUUGGGCGUCAGCUCCUUCAACACAUUGUCUCCUGUCGAUCUCUUCACGCUAAACAGGGAAUUCACUUGAGAGUUGUGGGAGUAUCUGAUAGUAAAUCCUUAGUUGUUGCAUCGGAUGCAUUUACUAUGGAGUUGGGUGAUACAUUUUUAAUGGAAGUUUGCCGGGUCAAGUCGGAUGGUGCUUCUUUGUCCACAAUUAGUGGUUAUGAUGAAUCCAAGGUAUUCACAAAUUCAGAAUCAACCAAAAAGAUUAUAGAUGUUGCUGCAUUCUUGGGCAAAUCGACAGGCUUGGCUCUUGUAGAUUGCUCUGCCAGUUCUGAGACUAUUCCCGUGCUAACCCAAGCAGUUGAUUUGGAUUGUUGCAUUGUCAUGGCAAAUAAGAAACCUCUGACUUCGACAAUGGAGGAUUAUGACAAAUUAAUUUUAUACCCAAGGCGUAUUCGCCACGAGUCAACUGUUGGUGCUGGCCUUCCUGUCAUAGCAUCCUUAAAUCGCAUACUUUCUUCUGGAGAUCCUGUCCACCGCAUUAUUGGGAGUUUGAGCGGGACAUUGGGUUAUGUAAUGAGCGAGGUUGAAGAUGGAAAGCCACUAAGCCAAGUUGUUCAAUCUGCUAAAAACCUGGGUUACACUGAACCAGAUCCACGUGAUGACCUUAGUGGGAUGGAUGUCGCAAGAAAGGCUUUGAUACUUGCAAGGCUUCUUGGUCGGCGGAUUAAUUUGGAUGACAUUAAGAUUGAGAGUUUGUAUCCUGAAGAAAUGGCACCUAGUGUAAUGUCUAUUGAAGACUUUCUGGGAACUGGGAUAUUAUCGCUCGAUAAAGAUAUCCAAGAGAGAGUCUCUAAGGCUUCUUUGAAUGGGAAUGUGCUACGUUAUGUCUGUGUGAUUGACGCCUCAAGGUACUCUUUCUAUAUUUCUGUUCAAAAUUCGAUAUGCUAAACCAAGCACCUCUCAAGCAUGUAUGCAUGUGUUUGCAUUAUGUUUUUAUGUUGUUUGUCAGUGUGCAUGUAUUCAUAUGUGCAAAUUCAAUUCUUACGUGUGAUAUAAGUAUUCAGUUUUCCAUAAAUCUAGGAUCUGAAAUCAAGGUAUUCUUCUUAACUGAAUGUUUUCAUCAUUGAAAGUCUGAUGUUUCUGUUUAAGUUUAUUAUGCACAAGGAUUCACUUAAUGGUUAGUUUGGAUAAAAUAGGAAUAUGUAAGUGAAGGUUGAAGCGAUAGAU